UUUGCGGCGGCGGCGCUUUGCGGCUGCGGGCGGCGGCGCUUCGCGGCCGGGCCCGAUGAGCUUUUACGACGCCUUCCGCGGCUUCUUCGGGCUUCCGGGGGGCCGCAGGCCCCGGGAGCCGCUGUUCGGCGGAGCGCCGCGGGACGAGGACGGGGCCGAGGACGCCGAGGGCCCCCCCCGGCCGCCGCCCCCCGAUGGCUUCGGCUUCGGCCCCGGCGGCGCCCUGGAGGAGCUGCUCCGGGACGCGGGCGAGCUCCUGGGCGUCUUCGGGGGGGCCUGGGCCGGGCCCCCCCCGGCCAUAGAGCCCCCCCUGCCCGACCCCGGCCCCGGGCGGCCGCUGCGCAACUCGAUGCUGAAGCACCCGGACGGCCCCGAGGGCGCCCGAGACCCGGCCCGGCCCUGGAGCCCCCUCCCGGGGCUGGAGGACGCUCGCCCGGCCCCCCCGGAGCACAGGGAGGACCGAGAUCUGGACUCGCAGGUGUCCUCGGCGGGGCUGGGCACCAUCCUGAGGCCCAACGAGCCCCAGCCCCGCUCCUACUUCAAGAGCGUCUCCGUCACCAAAGUGACGCUGCCUGACGGGGCGGUGGAGGAGCGCCGCACCGUGCAGGACAGCCACGGGCGCCGCGAGACGACCGUCACCCUCCGGAGGGGCGACCAGGCCUUCGUCACCACCACCAAGGAGGACGGGACGGGCAAGGACUACCGCGAGGAGGUGCUCAACAUGGAUGACCGUGAGUGGGGCGCCGAGGGGGGGUGCAGGAGGAGUGAGGGGAGCGGGACGGCGCCCUGCGAGCGAGCCCCCCCCUGCCCUCCAGGGGAGCUGGCGCAGUUCGCAGGCACGUGGCCGCAGCAAGACGAGCUCCACGCUCCCACCCUGAGCGAUCCCUUGUCCGUGCUGGGCACCUUCUUCCGUCACUGGUUCUCCGGCUGGUAGCCCUGCCCUCCUGGCAGCUGCCCCCGUGGGUCAGGUCCUGCUGGGACGCAGCGGCUGCGCUGGGGGCUGCCCCCUGUUCUGGGGCACCGCCGCGUUUUGGGGGCGAGCGUGUAUAUGUGUACAGAGCAAUAAAGUCUAUUUAUGCUAA